AUGGGGGCUUGGAUGUUGCUAGCAUUAUUGGCUUUGGUUGGCGAAUGGUGUGGUCGUUGUUAUGGGUGUUUGGAGGAAGAGAGAAUUGGUCUCUUGGAGAUCAAGGCUUUGAUCCACCCAGAUUACCUUUCUUUGAGAGAUUGGGUGGACAGUAGUAAUUGCUGUGAGUGGUAUGGGAUCGAGUGUGAUAACACUACAAGGCGAGUGAUCCAACUCUCUCUUGGGUAUGCAAGGGAUCAGAGUUUGGGGGAUUGGGUUCUCAACGCAUCUUUGUUUCUGCCUUUUAAAGAACUGCAAAGUCUUGAUUUGUCCGGUAAUGGACUGGUUGGUUGCUCUGAGAAUCAAGGCUUCGAAGUCCUAUCAUCAAAACUGAGGAAACUGGAGGUACUGAGGGAGUAUUGUUACAGCUGUUAUGGUCACUGUUAG